CUUCAAAAUGUUGCUGCCGUAAGCCCGCAUACGUAUUAUACGAUGGCUUUUAUUUUAUUUUUAUUGACUUUAAAUCAAUAAAAUUAAGGAAAAAAAUAUAUAUUUUUACAAAUACUAAACUCAAAUAGUCCAUAAAAUUUGACGGCGGGUGGAGGGCAUGGUAAAUGCAGCCGCGGCGGCCGGCCGGACGUUGAAUCUGAAGCGAAGACUUACUCUCCGGUAAAAAGAAAAUUUCAGAAAGUCAAUCUCCGACCUAUUCUUCGUCACAGCCUCCGAAAAUUUGCCAUAAAUCCAACUCUUCAACGCCCAAAUUGAUCGAACCCGUUGAUUCCUCUCCAGACCUCUGGUUUUUUUUCCCUGUUUUGAACUAAGAAAUGGUUGGCCAUGGCAAUCACAGGUUGAAACUCUCCAUCUUCCACCACCGAUCUUCGUCGGACUCGAAACCUGAACGGCCGGUAGAGUAUCCCAGAGAGUAUCUCUGCGAAAUUUCCAAGUCGUUAAUGGCGGAUCCGGUUGUCGUCUCCUCCGGUCAGACGUUCGAGCGCCUCUGUAUUCAAGUUUGUCAAGAAUUGGGGUUUUCGCCGAAGCUUGAAGAUGGAUCGAGGCUGGAUUUCACCUCUGUUAUAACCAACAGAAAUAUGAGAUUCACCAUUCUCAAAUGGUGCGAUGACAACGGAAUCGAACACCCACGACCCCCUCUGUACACCUCUAUUGAACUCGUUGUUCGUCAAUUAAUGGAGAAGGAGAGACAAGAGAAUCGAUUCGAGGCUUCUGAUAGCGAGUUGUUAAGAGGCGUCGCCGAUAAACCGGCGGGAGUUGCAGUUCAUGCGACUACGGAGGUUGGGUUCCGAGUCAACCGAUUUCAACUCAACUCGCCGCCGGAAACGGAGGAGAUCGUACGUGAAAGUACUAUUUUGCCCUUCAAAACGCAACCCUCUUGUUACGCCGCUCAUUCUUCGUCUUCCUCGAGCUUCGACAGAGGAAGUUCCGAUUCGUAUACACCAAAUUCAGAAGAGGAAUCUCGUCUCAUCAUGAAAUUCAGAAGCGGCGAUGAAUGCGAACAACAAGAAGGAGUGAUUUCCCUAAGAAAAUUGACCAAAUCCAACGAAUCAACUAGGGCUUCUAUAUGCACAAAGGAAUUCCUCGCCGCACUACUUCCUCUGGUUUCAUCCAGAUCUACAAAUAUCCAGAUCAAUGCCGUUGCUUCCGUCGUGAAUCUCUCCCUCGAGAAAUCGAACAAAUUGAAGAUCCUCCGAGCAGGAUUCGUUCCGUCAUUAAUCGACGUUUUAGACAGCGGAUACGCGGAAUCUCAAGAACACGCAGCCGGUGCUCUGUUCAGUUUAUCAUUAGAGGACGAGAACAAAAUGGCGAUUGGAAUUCUCGGCGCGUUACCGGUACUGAUGAACACACUCCGAUCCGAGAGUGAGCGGACGAGGAACGAUUCGGCCCUUUGUUUGUACCAUUUGACUCUAAACCCUAGCAACCGUGUGAAACUAGUGAAACUCGGCGCCGUUCCAAUACUUCUAUCGUUGACGAGAAUCGACGGUUCUGCGAGCCGAAUCCUGCUGAUUCUAUGCAAUCUCGCCGUCUGUGCCGACGGAAGAUCGGCGAUGCUGGAUGCGAACGCGGUGGAUUGUUUGGUCGGGAUGUUGAGGGAGAAAGAGAUGGAUUCCGAGUCGACUCGGGAGAAUUGUGUGGUAGCGCUGCACGCAUUGAGUCAAGGAGGAUUCCGAUUCAAGGGAUUGGCGAAGGCGGCCGGCGCGGUAGAGGUUCUAAGAGAGGUUGAAGAAAGGGGAAGCGAGAGGGCGCGGGAGAAGGCCAAGAGGAUCUUGGAGAUGAUGAGAACUGGCGGGAGCGGUUCCGUUGAGAUCGAAGGCGUCCGCCGACAUGGGCUCGACGCCGGUGGAGUCAGCUGGACCGGCCGGGCUGGUGCUGCCUUGAACCGGUAUUCUACCAAUACUACUAAGUUUUGAUUUUUUUUUUUUUCCUCUUCUUUGUAAGUGUAUUUUAUUUUUAGGAUUUAGUUACUUUGUAUAGUAAUUUAAU